AUGCCCUCGGGUAUCCAAACCGUGGGAUCAACUCCCGUUCGAAUGUAUCCACAAUCGAUUUGGUCGUCGCCUUUCCUAAGGGGUUUGCCUCUCUCCAGCGACUGUAACAAUCAGUUAUACUACCAAAAUCGUUGUCUUAAGGUAGCCACACACGGUCCGGUCAGCCUGUCAGUUAUGCCUGCACAGGCCGCCGGAGACCGGUCGGCCGGACUGACGUCAGCGCCCCCAUACGUUCCGGCGAAUCUGUCCGACCGCGGCAAGUUUUAUAUUGUAUUUGGCCGGACGGCCGGAACCCAUACACGUUUCGAACGCCUGCGCAGUCCCGCAGUCGGCCGGAUGGACGAACGAGUUUUCAUAUUUUCUCCGGCGGCCUGUACAGAUAUAACUGUUCAGGCGACCGGAACCCACAAACGCAACGGCCGACCAGUCUCCGGCAGCCUGUGCAGGCAUAACUGA